AUGGCUUUUGUUUUUUACUGUUUCUUGCAAGUUCUGGCCUCUUGGGAUAUACAUGCAGCUCAGUCUUUCUGUCUGCCAGGGUGUACCUGCUCAGAGGAGAAUUUCGGCAGGAGUCUACAGUGCAUGUCUAUGUCUUUGGGAAAGAUUCCAGGCAACUUUCCCGAAGAACUCAAGCAAGUGAGAAUUGAAAACUCACCCUUAUUUGAACUUCCCCAGGGGUUUUUCGCCAACAUGAGUACCUUGGAAUACCUUUGGCUCAACUUUAACAAUGUCACUGUGAUUCACCCAGGCGCCCUGGAGGAUCUGCCAGAGCUGAGAGAACUGAGACUGGAGGGGAACAAACUCCGUUCAGUACCAUGGACAGCAUUCCGCACCACCCCUCUCCUACAGGUCUUGGAUCUCAAACACAACAGGAUUGAUGCACUCCCUGAAUUGGCUCUUCAGUUCCUAACCAACCUGACAUACCUUGACAUAUCCUCCAAUAGGCUGACAGUUGUAUCCAAGGGUGUCUUCUUGAACUGGCCAGUCUAUCAGAAACGCCAGCAGCAUGGUUUUGGAGCUGAAAUUAUCUCCAGCACGGUGUUGGCACUGCACAAUAAUCCCUGGUUCUGUGACUGUCGUUUAAGGGGGCUUGUUCAGUUUGUCAAGUCCACUGGUCUCCCAUUCAUCCUAGUGAAUUCUUACCUGAUAUGCCAAGGCCCUUUCUCUAAAGCAGGACAGCUUUUACAUGAGACUGAGCUUGGUGUUUGUAUGAAGCCAAAAAUCUCAACCCCAAGUGCCAACAUCACUAUCCAGGUAGGAAAGAAUGGGACCCUGCAAUGCUUGGCACAAGCCAGUCCCUCACCAAGCAUAGCAUGGAAGUAUCCUCUGAGCACGUGGAGAGAAUUUGAUGGUAAGCCACAUCUGCUUUGUUCUUCUUUUCACCCAGUGUUGGCCUCAUCAAUUGCAGAAGAUACCAUCCUGUCCCAGCUUGUCAUUCCAGCAGCUCAUCUGAUAGACAGAGGUAAUUACACUUGUAUGGCCUUCAACUCCAUUGGCAGAAGCUCCCUUGUCAUCUCACUCUACAUCCAGCCAGCCCAGGCUAUGCCUGGAUUGCACUCUUUUUCCAUCUCCUCAGAAGGCAGUGCCUAUGUUGACCUGCGGGUCGUCAAGCAGACAGUACAUGGCAUCGUGCUGGAGUGGCUCACAGUGGCCAACAUCCCAGAGGAGCAGUGGUUCACCCUCCACAUCGAAUCUGAUGAAGCUUUCAGGAAGAAAGUGGUCCACAUAGGCCCUGGAAUCAACACAUAUGCUAUGGAUGACCUCCUCCCUGCUACAAAAUAUAAAGCAUGCCUCAGCCUGAGGAGUCAGCCCUCAGGUCAGGGCCAGUGUGUGGUCUUCGUGACAGGCAAAGACAGUGGUGGGCUGGAGGGUCGUGAGCGCCUUUUGCAUGUCACUGUGGUCUUGUGUGCUGUGCUCCUGGCACUGCCUGUGGGUGCUUAUGUGUGGGCUGCCCAGGGGCCAUACAACUGUAGUGAGUGGUGUUUAUGUUGUGACUCUUUUCACAGGAAAACCCUCAGGUGCCCCCAAGCCAGACCACAGUGCAAGGAUAGUUCUUUCAAAGAUCUUCCAGCUGUCUACGAGGAUGGUGACGGUCACAGGGUCAUGGAGGGGAUUGAGGAGAUAGAAAAAGAGAGUAACAGUUAACAACCUACCAUGGAAUGGAAAUGGGUGGACCUCCAUGUAGCAAGCUCUCAUGUUGGACUAUCUUUGGACCACUAGCCCACAAAUAAUGACCCAGAGACUUAUUAAUUAUAAAAGGUUGGCCUUAGCUUAGGCUUGUUUUUAACUAGCUCUUAUAACUUAAAUUAACCCAUUUUUACUUAUCUUUAUUCUGUCAUGUACUACCCAUCCUGCUUUUUCCGUGUCUCCUCUCUGUGUCUGCAGAGCUGGUGACUCUGCCUUUCUUCUUCCCAGAGUCCUUUCUGUUUCUGGAAGUGCCACCUAUACGUCCUGCUGAGCUAUUGGCAGGUCAGCUUUUAAUUACACCAAUCACAGCAAUACACCUUCACAUAGUGUACAAACAUCCCACAACACCUCCAGUCCCUGAAACAAA